GUAGUGCUGGUCCUGAAGGCUGCAGGAGCGAAUAAAUAAAUGCACGUCGCAGAGGAAGCGAACGACACAGAUAUGCCAUAAUAAUAACGAACUGGCGAAGCUAUGGAGAUGGUUUGUGUAGAAUUGUGUUUCAGUUUGGGUUCGUUGCUGAUUGGUGGUUGUACUGGUAAGGUGCUUUGUAUUUUUCUUUGCCAUCAACAGUAUUUAUUUCUAAACCUUAUAUGGUUAAUUCAUUGGCUGCCUACGAGGGCUUGAGGGGAGGAGAAACUGGGAGUGAGAGAAUGAGAGUGAGACAUCUGAUUGCUUACAAGAAUUGAAAAGGGGCGAGAUUUGAGAGUUUAAGAGUGAGGCGAGAUUGAGAGGGAUGGCGAUUGAGGGCUGGAGUUUGGGGAUGGUGCUUAGUAACAGGUUAGAUAAUGACAGCAGGACGCGAUAGGGGAACGGAGAGUUUUCCCUUCUCGUCGGGUCAGGCAGCAUCCUCUGGCUGCUGGGCGACGUAGAGAGGGAGACACAAGAGGAGCAAAGAAUUAGAUAUAAACACUUUCCGCCGGGUCAGGCAGCAUCCUCUGACUGCUGGGCGACGUAAAAGUGGGAGAGAAAGAGCAAAGUUUAGACACAUAACAUACAACAAAUCUGACUCUCGCUCCCGACGGGUCAGGCAGCAUCCUCUGGCUGCUGGGCGUUUAGUAGAGCGAGAGACAGGAAGGGGACGAACAGGACAAAAGGACAGAUCCUUCGCAACUCAGUGCAGCAUCCUCAGGCAGCUAAACUGGCAGCUGGGCGGCGUGGAGAGCUUAGGAAAAGUGUCUCAGGUCCGUUUAGGAGAGACGAAAACAGAGAAACCCCCCCCCCCCCCCCUCGGUCAGGUGGAGGCACGGCCUACUGCAUGAGGGGGCUGAAAUGGUCCUGGACCUGAAAUGGAAGAGAGGAGAUGGGACAGCAAGGUUGAGGCCUGAAGGCUUAGCGCAUAAGCAGCAGAAGAAUAGGAUGUGGCCGGGGGUCCCCUCAGGCCGGCGAGGAACAGCCGGGCGGCAGUGUUGAGACGAGAGGCCGACCCGGACAGUCGGGGGAGUGAAACUCACUUCCCACCCCGAGGGAGCCCUGUGCGGACGGUGCGAUAUAGAAAGGAGCAGAGGAGGGGAGGAGGAAGAACAAAAAACAACCACAGACAAAAUUAUUCAUGACUGGUGGUUGUAUUGUGGAUGUUCUUGUAUCAGGUGUCUUUAAAAGCUAAGCAAAAUGGAGCAAAAGACGAUCAGGACAGUAGCUUUUGCAUUCCCUCAAAGCUCUUCACAUGUUCAGCCAGGAGUAUAUAAAUGUGAUGCAAAAAAAUGUGACUGUUGCACCACUUAUAUAAGGUCUAUUAAAAAUUUCACCAGCACCACAAAAAAGAAAACGCAUCAGAUCACAGAUAUGUUAACAUGUAAAACAUCAGACGUUAUCUAUGUUAUACAAUGUGCACGCCACGAAUGUAAGAAGCAGUAUGUUGGGAAGACCACAUCGGCCUUGAAAAGCAGGUUCAGCGUCCACAAACGUGCCAUCAGAUAUAAACAGAAUACAUCAGUCGCUGAGCAUUUCAACAACAACAAUCAUUGUUUGGAUGACGUCACCAUUUUUCCUAUUGAGCAAAUUUGUGAUAAAAAAGCCCUGGGUGAGCGAGAGAUGUUUUGGAUCCGUGAGCUUGGCACAGAGUAUCCUGGUGGGCUCAACCUGGAUGUACCCAUGGAGGAAGGAAAAAAGAGAAAACAUGCAGGUGAUUUUGCUCCUCCCAAUAAAAAGCAAAAGGUGUACUAUGAAGCUGAAGAAUCUAUGAACCAUUGUUAUGAAAUGGAGGAAGAAGCCAGGAAUAUUAUAUCUCAAGUGUGUGAAAAACUUCAAAACGUGCGCUACAGUGAUAUGAAAGAUAGGGAAGAUGUGGAAUUCCUGAAUAAACUAAUAAAGGAGACGUCGAAUUUGAAAGACAAAAAUCUGAAAAACAAAAUUUACAUUGGAGUGUUUGGAAAGACAGGGGCUGGAAAGAGUUCCUUAAUAAAUGCACUUGUGAAUGAAAGAGAUCUUCUGCCUGCAUCAACAUCUGGUGCUUGUACUGCCUGCUUUAUUGAAGUUCAGGCUCAUGAUAAGGCAAUGUACAAAGCAGAGAUUGAUUUUAUCACCAAAGAGGACUGGAAGCAAGAAUUACUGUGUCUAGUGGAAAAUUGUCAGAAAAAUGCAGAAGAUGGGGAGUACGAAGAUGAGGAUUCUGAAGAUGAUGAAUAUGAAAUGGCAAAAGCAAAAAUAAAAGCAGUUUAUGGGGAAAUAGGGUUAACGCAAACUUAUGAUGAACUGCAGCGAUCAGCAGUAGAUAUCCCAAACACACACAAGAAAACGGUGACUUCAUAUUCUGCGUGUGAUCUUUCAAGUCAGAUAAGUGGCUAUAUAAGGAGUGACACUGAAUCACAACAGUACUGGCCCCUAGUGAAAAAGGUGACUGUGUAUGUGCCAGGAUCUUCGGUUCUUCUGGAUCGGAUAGUGCUGGUUGACCUCCCUGGAGCUGGAGAUGCCAAUAAGUGCAGAGAUCAAAUGUGGAAAGAGUACCUAGGCAAAUGCUCGUCUGUGUGGAUUGUUAACGAUAUCACCCGGGCAAUCAGUGACAAGACAGCAAUGGAAAUCCAGAACACAACUAUAAGAAAUGUAGCUGGUGGUGGAGAGUGCCAUAAUAUUACCUACAUUUGCACCAAAUCAGAUAAUAUAGACCCACACCACUUGAAAAGGCAAUAUAACCUGACAGAUGAAGAACUUGGAAUAACAAUCUCCAACGAUAAGAAAGUAAAGAAUAAGUGCAUACUAUUCAGAAAUAACAAGGUUAAAGAACUUGUGAAGAAAAACUUCAAUGAAAAAGUAAAGAAAAAGCUCCUUGGUACUGAUGUGAACAGCACUGAGUUUUUUAAGGUAUUCACAGUCAGUUCUGCAGACUUUUGGAAUAAUGAAGAAAAAAAAGAACAUAUCCUCGAUCGUGAUGAAACUGAAUUGCCAGCACUUAAAGAACAUAUCAAGGAUCUAUAUGUCAGCCACUCUCAGAAAGCAGUAAAAGACUACGUAUCUCAAGUCUCUGGGAUUGUUUCUUUUCUUCACAUUCCAAAGGAAAACACAAGCACUCAGACUGAAGACUUGAAGGAUAAACUAUUCUCAGAACUGAAACAGAAAUUUGAGACUAGACUUCAAGAUCUGGCCAAAUUUUUCGACGGUGUUUACACAAAAAUGACGAACAACUUGGAUGAAGGUGUGAAGAACGCUGAGAAACAAUGCCUCAUAAAUGCUCUCAAAGUCCUUAAGCCUAAAAAGACAAAAUAUAGUGGAUACCAUAAGACACUUAAGGCUUUAUGUAGGUGUUCCGGAUACUACAGAUCCCGUGAUGGUAAAAUUGUAGAUUUGAACUAUGCUUUAGUCUUACCCAUGUAUGCUGCUAUGGAUAACAGUUUCGUCAGCUGUUUUCGGUUGAAUCAAAACUCAAGGAGCUCAAUUAAGGGAGCCUUUGAUCUUCUUCAAAAUGAUUUGAUUAUAAUUGACAAGAGAAAACAUGCUGCCGUCGAGCUGCGUCUGACGUACAUCAAAACAGAGCUCAGAAUACUAAUAGCUGACUUGGAGACAGAAGUCAUUGCAAGAAAGAAAAACAUCUACAAUUCUAUUACCCAGUCUGUCCAGGAUACCAUGGACCCAGCUUAUAAAGAUGGAGCAGUGAUAACUGGAAGUGAAUUAGUUACCAGAAUUCAAAGCAGGCUUGAAGAACAUGUAGAAUCAUAUAAACUGUCCAUGUUCAGGGAAGCAAAGAAAAGAGUGAUGUUCCAGUUCAAGCAACUGAAGGACUAUGUGAUUCAUACUUUGAAGAAAGAAAUGGGCAUGUCAAUGAAACUGGCACUGACUCAGUUUCCCACAGAUGUCACUUUCCCAGAUGUUGAAGAUGAACUCAAGAAGAUGAAGGGAAUUUGUAAAGCUUUGGAGCUAGACGUAUUUCAAGAUUAAAAACAUUCCACCAUGUGUUUGAACAAACAAACUUGCAGGGGUUGUUCAGUCAAAAACGACAGAUGAAGCGCUUACUGAAUACUAAUGAAAGUUUUGAUUUACCAAACUCUAAAUUAGCAAGAUGUCCUGAAAAAAAGAGAAAGCUGCCUGACGAGACUAUAAAAGGAAAAUUGCAAACAAAAAAUAAGAUGGAUUAUGAACUACUUUGCUUCUGUGUAGUACUAAACUGAUUCUACUUUUAAUCUUUUUUAUAAUGACGAGAGCAGUGGUGAUUUAAAAUGACAUUUAGCAACUGGUUAUGGGAUUUUUAAAAGUUUUAUGUUGUCUAUAUAAUAAUGGUUAAAGUAGUAUUUUCUAGAAGAUAAAUGAUCAGGGAACAGGGAGAAAAGAAUAAUCAGAAACUGAUUUUUAAAAAAUUACAGCAUAGCUUGCAAAAAUAUAGCAAUAGAAUUAAGAGAAAUGUUGUGUGAGCUAUGUGACUAUUUUAGAUGGGUCCAGCUGGUGAUUUGUGGCCCCUUAAAUGUGUGGUAAAGGGUGCUGAGUAUAUGAUGUUGUUUUUAAUUAUUUGUCUUUUAGUGAUCUGAUAUAAAAUUGCAUCCUGUUUUUAUUAUAAAAAUGUGCUUGAUAAUGACUGACUGCUAAUUAUUUUAAUCUACAAUAUUUACAUUUGUAUUAGCAGUUUAUUUUUGCCUCAUCAAAUGCUUGAUUUCUUUUAACAGCAUUAUUAUACUUUCCCUUAUUAAAUCUUCUUUAUAUAACCAAAACAUAAUAAAAUUAAUCUGUAAAA